AUGUCCGAUCGACUGAAAAGCACCAACAAGGUGUCUAAUGAGGAAGUUAUAGAAGAUUUAACAAAAGACUUGGAGUUAUCUUUGAACACAGAGGAACCAACACCAGAGUAUGUGGUAAAUCCGGGUUCUAGCCUGGAGGACUUUUUACCAUCAGCUGGAGACGCACGAACAAAGUCAGAAAUUCCCUCCACAGAAGAUGAUUUUGACAAAGAAGACAAAACAUAUUAUGAUGAUAAUGAUAAGGCAGAAAGUGAUAAAGAGGAGAGUGACUCAGAUUCCAUUAAUGAGGAGUCCCUGAAAGAUGCUGAAAUGGACCUCACAGAUGACCAGAAAGCAGAGAGGAGGCUAAAAGCAGAGGAACUGAAAACAGAAGGGAAUGAAGCUUUUAAAAUUGGGGAAUAUGAAAGGAGUAUGGAGAAAUACACUGAGGGUCUCAGGAUUUGUCCCCUGCAGUUCCCUCAACAAAGGUCCGUGCUGUACUGCAACCGGAGUGCGGCUAAAAUGAAGCUGGAGAAGUACAAGCGUGCAAUCAAGGACUGCAGUAAAGCCAUUGAACUUGACGAUAAAUAUGUCAAAGCUUAUUAUAGGCGGGCACAGUCGUACGAAGCGACGGAGAAACUGGACGAAUGCCUGGCGGACUUCAAGAAAAUUCUAGAACUGGAUCCUACGCACAAAGAGGCUCAGGCGGCGGUGAUCCGUCUACCUCCCCUCAUAGAAGAGAAGAACGAGAAAUUGAAGAAGGAGAUGCUUGGCAAGCUAAAGGACCUUGGCAAUAUGAUAUUGAAACCCUUCGGUCUCUCCACGGAAAACUUCCAAUUGGAACAGGACCCCAACACCCAAGGCUACAAAAUCAAUUUUAAGCAG